AUGUCUGAAGGCAGCAGAGUGACGCUGACCUGCUCAGUGAAUCAACCAGCUGUAUGGAAAUACUUCUGGUACAGAGACUCCAAAACCUCCCUCCUGAACACACAUGAUACUGAUGAGUAUCAGAGUCAGUCUGAAGUCUCACAGGAGGGACGUUACUGGUGCAGAGGAGGAAGAGGAGGAAGAGGAGGAAGAGGAGAUCCACUUUACUACACAGAGUACAGUGAUCCCAUCAGUGUCACUAAAAUAAUCCCAAACAAGGCAACCCUGACUCUGCAACACGACAGACCACAGCUCUACCAAGGAGAGACCAUCGCUCUCAGAUGUGCCAUCGAUGGAGGAAACACAGGAUGGGAGUAUGAGUGGGAAACCAGCAGUUUACUCAAACCAGCAAAUGUCAGCCAAUACAGGAUGGAGGCUCUUUCUUCACAGCACCAGGGAGAAUACAGAUGUAAAGGAAACAAGCUGAGAGGAGCACAGUCAACAGACUGGAGCAACACCGUCACUCUGACAGUAUUCAAGAAACCCAGGGCUACACUGACAUCAGGCACCAAAACCAUCUCAGUCGGAGGCUCAGUGAGUCUUUCCUGCUCUGUGAGAGACUCUGAUGGAUGGAAAUAUGAGUUUUACAGAUCAACAUCAAACACCUGGGAGACAAAUGUUGAGGACAACAAAGUCGAGGUAUCUAAAGGAGGAAUUUACCGGUGCAGAGGAGUGAGAGAAACAUCAGGUUAUGUCUCUGACUUGAGUGAUGAAGCCAACAUUCAGAUAACUUUCACCAACAAGCCUGUCAUUACACAACAACCCAGCUGGUCUCAGAUAUUCCAGGGUGAGGAGAUCACUCUGACAUGUGAGGUCCAGGGAGGAGAGAAGACUGACUGGUGGUAUUACUGGUGGAGAAACUCAGUACCACUUCAACAGAAGAAGGAAAAGGUCUUAAAAGUCACUGCUUCUCAGUCCAUCAGUGAAGAGUACAAAUGUAUGGCCUCACGCAGAGAUGACAUUUAUUCUUCAACCACAUGGAGUGAAGCCUUCACAGUGUCAGUGUUACCUCAACCAAAAGCUCAACUGGGAACCAAUAAAUUCAACAUGUCUGAACGCAGCAGAGUGACGCUGACCUGCUCAGUGAAUCAACCAGCUGGAUGGAAAUACUUCUGGUACAGAGACUCCAAAACCUCCCUCCUGAACACACAUGAUACUGAUGAGUAUCAGAGUCAGUCUGAAGUCUCACAGGAGGGACGUUACUGGUGCAGAGGAGGAAGAGGAGGAAGAGGAGGAAGAGGAGAUCCACUUUACUACACAGAGUACAGUGAUCCCAUCAGUGUCACUAAAAUAAUCCCAAACAAGGCAACCCUGACUCUGCAACACGACAGACCACAGCUCUACCAAGGAGAGACCAUCGCUCUCAGAUGUGCCAUCGAUGGAGGAAACACAGGAUGGGAGUAUGAGUGGGAAACCAGCAGUUUACUCAAACCAGCAAAUGUCAGCCAAUACAGGAUGGAGGCUCUUUCUUCACAGCACCAGGGAGAAUACAGAUGUAAAGGAAACAAGCUGAGAGGAGCACAGUCAACAGAUUGGAGCAACACCGUCACUCUGACAGUAUUAAGCAGACCAAAGCUCUCUGUGUCUCCAUCAUGGUUGAUUCCUGGAGCUUCAGUCACUCUGAUCUGUCACACUGAGCCUCCGUCAGCAGGGUGGAGCUUCUACUGGUUCAAAGCUGUUCCAAACUCUCAGGAUUCCUACACCUAUGAGCCUCUACCUGGUACCAGCAGUGGGACAGCAAACAAUUCCUUCACAGUUCAUGGACAGACACACACAGCAGGAUAUGCAUGUUCAGCUGGACGAGGGGAUCCGCCGAUUUACACGCAACACAGUCGUCCCACAUUCGUCUGGUCUUCAGGUGUUCAUCCAUCAGCGUCUCUCACAGUGAAUCCUGACAGAGUCCAACACUUCACCUCUGAAUCUCUCUCACUGACAUGUGAAGGAAGCUCUUCCCAGUGGAGGCUGAUCCGCUUUCUGACUGACGACUCGCUGUUGAGCUUUCUUCCUCCAGCUACAAUCAAUGGAUCAACAUAUAUUAAGAAUGAGGCUCCAAGAAAAGCUGUGUACUGGUGUGAGUCUGGAACAGAGUUCAGCAAUGCAGUCAAUAUCUCCACACACUCUGAUGGCGUUAUCCUGGUGAGCCCUGUGUAUCCUGUACCUGUGGGAGAGUCUGUAACUCUCCUCUGUGUCAUGAAGACUGGAAAUAUUCCCUCUGAUGUGUUUUUCUACAAAAAUAACAAACUCAUUGAAAAUGCGACACGAGGAGAGAUGAAGAUCUCUGCAGUGUCAGAAUCAGAUGAAGGUUUCUACAAGUGUCAGUACAAUGGAAGAGAAUCAGCACAAAGCUGGAUGGCUGUUCAGUUCACAUCCAGGCCUGGAAGCUCUUCAUCUGGCUCUCUGAUGAUCAUUCGGUGGAUUUGUGGAGUUUUACUGCUGAUUGUUCUGCUGCUGCUGUUGUGUUUCUACAAUGGAUCAAAAGAUUCAUGCUUCAACAGGUCUCAAAGUUCACAGCAGAGCCAAACUCCAGACCACAGCAGCAACCAGCUGGAAGAUCAAUGCAACACAUACGCUUCUCCGAUCCAAGCUGAUGAUAAUCCCUAUGAGACAAUCCAAGAGACUGAUUCUACUGACAGAGAUGAGUCCAGGAAUGUGAUGUAUUCUUCAAUGGAGCUUCAGGAGGUCAAGAAGGGGAAGAAGCAGAAACCAGAAGAGGGCAGCAUUUACCCUGAAGUGAAGACCACAUCAUGGACAGAUUCCAGUGUGACCUCUGCACAAGUACACUCCAAUGAAAGUCAAGUCAACAGGAGUCAAAGUUGAAUGAGGAGACUUCAUCACCACCACCAACAGAGAACUGCUUCCAGAUUUAUGGAGAGUCUCCACAAUGUCUAUACUGAGGAAGGUGGAAAAGAGGGAAACACUCUGAUCUAUACUUCUCUGAUCUGAUCAAUUAUCCCUUUGAACUGAAGAGAAAAUGUCAAAUAAAUGUAUUUUAAAAGUGAAGCAGAGCCGUUAAGUGUUCAACACUGAGAGUGAAGCUCACACAUUAACUUAGAACUAACUCUGUUCGUAGUGGAUUUUAGAUAAUUGAUGAAUAUGUUAGUAUAUUAUUUUCAAAUGGUUGACAGGUAAACUGUAAAUUAAAUUUGUGGAGAAGUGAUUCCAAGAAGAGUUUCUGCAGAUGAUGAUGCUUCAACAAGGUUGUACAUUUUGUUAUAUUUGCAAAAAAAAAAAAAAAAAAUUAUCUGCUUUUUUCAGAAAAAAAUUGAAUUUUUUUGGUUUGCUUUUUGUUUUAAGUUGAUGUUUGAAUAAAACUGAUCUUAUCAUUUUACUUUUUUAAUGUACAGAGCUGUAAUUCAAUAUAUGUAAUGGAAAGUUUGUCUUGAUGUUCUGAUCAACAGUUUUGAAACCUUUUAAAACAAUCAUGGUGUGAUCAGUAUUUUGCUUUACACACAAUAGAUGAAACUGAUGAAGGUAUCAUUAAACUUUUCCUGU